AUGUACAUACAUAUAUAUAAGGGUACUUGUCAGAAAAGCAUUGCAGUUCUUCGGAGGUGCUCUUUAGGUAAAAAAAUGAUACUAUUUAUUAUCCUUGGAGCAUUCAUUGUCUCGACAACGGCUCAAUUCCAACCUCCUGGAAGAAUUUUAGAGCCACCAAUACCUGCCCUUUGUGCACAAAGAAUUAUUCAUGACCGUUUUAAUGGCAAAGGUUACUAUUAUUCAUGGGCUGAUCCAAGAACAAAUGGGCAAGAAGUUGAUUGGUUAGCAGGCAGAAAUUUCUGUAGGCAAAGGUGUAUGGAUCUGGUCUCCUUAGAAACUUCUGCAGAAAAUGAAUUUAUCAAAAACCAAAUUGUUCGGGAUAAUGUAAAAUAUAUUUGGACGUCCGGCCGUCUUUGUGAUUUCAAAGGAUGUGAUAGGCCUGACCUACAACCACUUCAUGUUAAUGGUUGGUUCUGGACUGCAGAAUUACAAAAACUUGCACCAGCUAAUGAUCGCUCUCAAAAUGAUUGGUCUGAAAGUGGAGGUAUUGGAAAGCCACAACCUGAUAAUCGAGAGGCUAUACAACAAGGGGGUGCUCCAGAAAAUUGUUUGGCUGUACUGAAUCAAUUUUAUAAAGAUGGAGUUCAUUGGCAUGAUGUUGCUUGCCAUCAUAAGAAACCAUGGGUGUGUGAAGAUAAUGAAUCCUUAUUGAAAUAUGUUCAUUUUACCAAUCAGAAAAUACGUGUUUAA